CAACUGAGUACUGAUAUGGAAGCGCUUCAAAAUUUAACUGCUGAAUGUGAUUUGGAUUCAAAACAGGGGCCUGAUUAUGGUGAGAAAGAAGUGGUGGAGGGGAAUGUGUUAAUGUUGGAGUGGUUGGCUGGCUGGUUCUUGUGUGUGUCUGAGUUGGCGGUGGUACUCUUGUACCUGGAGGUUAGCUGCUGGUUGUGUUGUCUUUAUGCGCAUCUCAACUUCAUGUUCAGGUUGAAUUUUGUUGGAGGUCCUAUGUGUUGGAAUACCCGUACAUUUUUUGCAUCAGCCGGUAUGGAUGUUACUGAUUACUUAUUGCAGUCUUGUGUUUUUUUAUUAUGUCUUUGUUAA